UUUAUGGGCUUGGGGAGUUGGGCUGUCCUUCAACCGAUGACUUGCAUUCUCGGGCGUCGGAGCUCGGGGAAGACAGGAGAGUAAAAGGAAGAAAUAAGAAAUUUUGAUCGGUUCUAAAAUCCAAGACGAGUAUGUCGAAAUCCAAAUCCAGGUUAAUUUUAUCCUGGGUUUUCUUUCAGCAACUCCUUGUUCAAUUCUCAUUCACCAUGUCAGCUACCAGGAAGGAGAUUGGAUUUCCAGAGAGGCUUAUUUGCAGAACAACAGUUCAAGGAAGAUAUUUAUUAUCUGAUGAUAAUGGUUAUGUGUGUGAUGCUCUCUCAUUGGAUCCACAGUCCCGUUGCUGUCCUGAAAGAGGAGACAAAUUCUCUUGUCAUGGAUGCAACAUUCUUUCACAGUGUUGUAACUCCUAUGAAUUUUGUGUUUCAUGCUGCCUACACCCUGCUCAAACACAAAAAGAACAAGUACUGAAACUGAAAAUAGCUAAGCCAGCUACAGCAGGGGCUUAUCUCAGCGUCUUUGAUUUUUGUGCUGGGAGGUGUCGUCACAAUUCUGAAAGUGUGGUUCACGAAAAUGCUUACAUUAGUGAUUUUCAUCAUUGCUUCUCUCUCCCAUCAAAUUCUACUGGGUCCUCUGUCACACCUGUAGAAGCCAGACUACAUGGAAUUAAUGUUAUCAUUGGAAGGAAAGGAGAGUCUUGUGAUUCAGUUUGCAGGUCAAAUGGACAAUCAUGCGUAUUAAAUAAGCUUUUGGUACUUAACCACUGUGAUAUUAUCCAGAAAUAUAUGAGCUGCAAAGGAGCAUGCUUGGCAAGUGUUGGUGCAGAUCAACCUGCAGAAGUUGUUGAUGAUGCUCCCAAACAUUUGAAUCCAGGAGCAUGUUUGUAUACUCGAACGCAAUCAAUGCUGUCAUGUGAUGGUUCACAUCUGCAUACCAAGAGACUUUGCCCUUGUGCAUAGUGCAUUAUUUUGGGAUGAAGCAUGUCUCAAAUCUGUUCUCGGCUGUAUGUUCCGAAGAACUUUUCAAAGGCUUCAACUUUCAGAGGAUAAAUUUUUUCAGACCAAUACAUCCAUCUGUUUGUGUUUUUACAUGUUCCCAUUACAGCAAGUUAAACUGUAUACAGUUGCAUGUUGUAGCAUUAUUGCACAAAUUAGAGGGCAAAAUGCCACUGACAUGCUAAUUUAUGUUGAAGCACUCAUGCAACCGAAUCAGACUGUGGAGAUGGGAUAUUUUUGUAAUUUUGAGUCGGUUAAAUCAGGGGGUGAAGUCAAGGGAAAAGUUGUAAUCUUCCAAGCUAAGCAUUAAAUUGACUUUGCUUCCAAGUAAGCUGACAGCAUUCAGCUUAUAAUAUGUUUUACAGAAUUGUUAUUAUUAUUCCUUUUAAAA